AUGGUGUAUAAAUGGUGUGUAGUGCCACAAUGUACUAAUACGACUAUAAGUAGUCCACACAAACUGUUUGUUUCUGUUCCAACGAAUCCCAAAAGACGAAAAAUGUGGUUACGAUUAGCUCGAAGAGACCCAAAGAGCAUUUUAGCUCAUACCAAUGUUUUUAUGUGUGAAGAUCAUUUUAAUAUGGAAAAGGACACAAUUAACUACUUGAAGUACAAAAUGGGCUUCAGUCAGAAGAUACUUUUGGCAGAUGAGGCUGUGCCAACUAAAUUUCAUUGUCAAGAGGAUCGUAGAAGUCUGCUACCUGAUGCUGGACCUUCUCGAGAAGUUUUCUUUAAAAGGCAAAGAAUUGAUAUUGUCACAGAAUGUCUGCGAAGACAUAGUACUACAACCCAUACAGAAAGCUUACAAAAUGAUGAUAUGAUACAAGAAAUCAUUGAGCCUAAAGAAUUACCAAAAACUCAAGACAAAGAAACAAUCACCGACCCUAUCAUAACUGUAGAAAAAGCUGUUCAAGCAACAAAAAAAGUGAAUACGCAUUUUAGGAGCAAGGCUGUGCAAACUACAUGCCAAAAUAAAAGUAUUUCUACCUCACCAUGGAAAGUUUCUACAAUAUCUCAUUUCACUUCACCAAUUAAUAUUAAACCAUGCCAUCUUCAACCAUUAAAGUCAGAGGUUGUUAAAGCAGUUAAGAGAAAUAUUUUCCUUGUAGAUGAAAAAUCUGAUAGUGAUAUUUCUUGUUUUGAAAGUGGUCUUUUAUCACCUUUUGGAGCUACAUCAGUAAAGGUUACUGACUCUGAUAGUAAUGUUACAGAUACCAAUGAGAAUAUUGAAAAAUUACAGUGCCUCAAAAAUACUUUGCGUUUAAUUGAAAAGAAACCAUUGAUGUAUAUUGGUAUUUCCAAAGAAUGUUAUUUUUUAAUUGAGUUGUUGCAUAGACACACAAAUAUAAAUAGAGAACAUAUUUUGCUAUGCUUGAAAAAAAUUAGAUUAAACAGCACAUUUUCUGAACUCGAGGAUAAUUUUGGUAUAUCAUUAUCUUAUGCCAGUAAAUUAUUUUUAAGAAACUUACCAAUAAUAAGUAGUUUUUUAAAACCAUUCAUUGUAAACUUAGACAAAAAUUUAAUAAAAAGGAAUCUUCCUAUUGCAUUUAGACAUAACUAUCAUAAUGUAAGCUGCAUCAUCGAUUGUCUAGAAAUUGAUAUACAAAAACCAUCAAAGGCUCUUCAUCAGGCUCUGACAUGGUCAGAGUACAAAAAGGGGAAUACUGUGAAGUAUUUAAUAUCAUGCACACCUAAUGGUUUGGUUAAUUAUGUUUCUCAAGGGUUUGGGGGUAGAGCAAGUGAUGUUACCAUAGUAGAGAACUGUAACUUUCUAGAUGGAUUACAACAGGGAACUUGCAUCUUAGCUGACAGAGGCUUCAAGCACCUUGAACAGAUACUUCAUGAAAAGGGCAUAAAACUAUUAAGGCCACCCAGUGUAAAUGCUGGUGCAAAGUUAUCAAAAACUGAAGUUCGACAAACUAAAAUUAUCGCUAGCUUGCGAAUUCAUAUUGAAAGGGUAAUUAGGCGAGUAAGAGAAUUCCAUAUGCUAAAGCAACAUUCAGUGAUAAAUACUGACAUAUGUCGUGUACUUGAUCAUGUCAUUAUUAUUGCAUGUGCUCUAAUAAAUUUGCAGGAUUCUCUUAUUAAAUAA